AUGCCUCCAAUCAGACGCUACCUUCGCGUCAGCAAAUACUCAGUGCUUGAAUGCAGAAUAUAUCUUGAGAAUCCGGUCGAUUCACGCUGGUUGCUUGAUACCCGCGACCCAGCUCUACCCCGUGUAUUCAAGAGCAUACAGCCCUUAGUCCUUCCGAAGCUGCGAGAGGAAACUGAACGAGCUCGCACAAAGAAGUCGAAGCCCGUAAAGGACGUCCUGUCAGAGGAUGAUUUUGAGGUUUCUAUUUUCCUUCGUGCGGGAGGCACCACCCACUCAAUUAUUACAAAACUAAAAUCUUUCGACGAUCAGCCGCCCAAAAUCCAAAGUAACUCAAGGAAAUUAACUGGAACUGAUGACACUCCGAUCCCCAUUACCGAUGACUCUUUGACGAUAUCGACUAUUUUACCAGAGAGCGACGAGGAAACCCCGAUCAACUUGCAGGAUAUCCAUGCAGCUGAUGAAGGCAUCCAGUCAUCAACAAGCCGACGGCGAAGAAGAAGAGGGGAUUGUACAGAAAGUGAUUCUAAUGCGGAAACCGAUAACGAUGGUGAGGACACGCAUGUCACGAAGCGAAAAAAGCCCCAGGUCGAACCCAUUCCGGAACCCCAAGACAAGAAACCACGCUUAACCACCAGCUAUAAAGGGUUCAUAAUAGGAGAAAGGAUAUUGUGUCUUCUCAUCGCCCGGAAGGGCGAUAGAGCGAGGUCAAACCCCGAUACAGUACCAGCUGGGCAAGCAUUGAUGGAAGAAUGGAUCUCUACACAGGCCCCUCAGGAAUUUGAAGAGGGUUAA